AUGGGAAAUGAGGGUGGUAGAGGUGUAGAAUUGGUGGGGUGGGAUGAACCGUGCUCCUGGUGGAAGCAGAGGAGCCAAGCGGGAACCAUCGCCAGUACAGUGGUAGCAGUUGGACUGACCAUUGCUGCUGCAGGAUUUGCAGCUCAUUACGCUUUGCAAGACCUGAAGCAUAUGGAGCCUCAAGUUAAACAAGUUUUUCAAAGUUUACCCAAAUCUGCCUUCAGUGGUGGCUAUUACAGAGGUGGGUUUGAACCCAAAAUGACAAAACGGGAAGCAGCAUUAAUACUAGGUGUAAGCCCUACUGCCAAUAAGGGAAAUAGAGACUCUCAUUGACGGAUUAUGCUUUUAAAUCACCCAGACAAGGCAGGAUCUCCUUAUAUAGCAGCCAAAAUCAAUGAAGCUAAAGAUUUACUAGAAGGUGAAGCUAAAAAAUGAAGUAAAUGUAUGAUGAAUUUUAAGUUCUUACUCAUUUAUGUAUAUAAGUACCAGCUUUUUAUAAUAAAAUACCUCAAAGCUACACAUUUUAAAAAUUGGCAUAAGCUAAAUCAAAGCCUUCAUAUAAAUUUGAGGAUUUAAAAUCAGAUUAUAGAAUAUUUGUAGGU